GAGCAAUGCCCCAGAAAAAAAAAAUGGAAAAGGCAACCCCCCCCCAAAAUGAGGCGAGAAAUACUAACAAUUUUAAAGCUAUUAUUAAGAAGACACUUCAGCAGCUGAUGGACUUUGUAAGUGGCUAUUAACUUUUUGUCUCUGCUAAAAGGCUUUUUAUAAAAAAUGGAGGCAGAAUAAAGCGAGAGAAGAGUGACGAAAGUAACAUAUUAGAAACUACCUAAGAAGCAAUGACUAGCAAUGAAGGAUCAUUUUGAAAAAAGCAAAGGUUAACAGACUCUCAUCCUCAGGUCCUUGCUUUUAAAAAUUUGAAAACAUUUUAACACCGUAGCCCCUGCCCCCAACUCGCCUUGCAUAGGUUUCACUUCACUCUACUAUGGGUUUACCGUUAGUUCCUUGUGUAAAGGAGAUUUUGGCAACUGAAGUCUGUAACAGUUGUUGAUUUCAAAACACCUGGGAGCAAGGUGAGCUUACUGCAAGCCUGCAUAGCUUAGAACCCAGUAACACUAGUAGCUGGUGGCACGUUAUGGUGGAGAUGCUAACUUUUCAGGAGGGUUGUGAUGGUGCUCAUUUGGGGAGGAGGAAGGCAACUGCAAGGUCAGCAUGGUGCAAACACAGCAUUGCAAUCCAUCCGGCAUUCUUCCUAAUGCUUUUCUAGAUUAUUAUUUUCUUUUGCGGACAAACAGAGAGAGAACAUUGUGAAACCAGUGGGCACCAGUGCAGAUCCAAACCAGAACCUCACUUCUGCCUCUCCACAUUCUUAA